AGACAACAUCCAUGCUUACAUUUCCUUCAGAAAGAAGAUGAAGAGGGAAAUUUCAAAGAGCCUUAGAACACUAACGAGACUGGAGAGCAAUAUUACAGUCUCCCUUCCUAUCAUGGAUGCUGGUUACGAUCUAUUAAUGCUGGUAAAGAGUCUGAGGGAGUCCAGUGCCAUCACUAUAUCUAGUUUCCGGUCUCUGCUUUUGUUCUUUUCAAUGCCUGUAAUGAAAACAAAGGCUGGUGUAUUGUUUUCCAAACUGAUCCCUGUUGCGGCUGAGAAAGGGCAGAAAUUUUUUAGUGAAGUGCGGAUGACAGACGUUGCUGUCUGCAAUCUCUGUAGAAAAGUCCGAAAAGGCGAUGCCAAGAUUGAUGUGCAAAUGGAGCUGAGCAGAUUGGAGACAAUUUAUGAUAAGAUGAGAGGUUUUGAAUCAGGUUUAGAUUGCCUGUUCAGGAGCCUGAUUAGAAUAGGGUGUCUCCCCUUAACAUUCUUACACCAUGAUGUGCAUUCAAUAGCUCUGGGUUCGGCGAGGAACCCAGAUCGGGUUCCUCACAAGGAACCCAGCUCUGGGUUCGGCAAGGAACCCAGAUUGGGUUCCUCACAAGGAACCCAGCUGGGUUCCUCCGGAGGAACCCGAUCUAGGUUCCUCGGUUCCAUGAGGAACCCGACUCUGGGUUCCUUGCGACGAGGAACCCAGAUCGGGUUCCUCCCUCUGGGGGGAGCCCUGCGUCCAAAUGGGCUCUGUUGUAGCCAAUACGGGUGGUGCGGCUACUGCACCAACUGCCAGAGCCAGUGUGGUGGCAGCGACGGUUCAACCUCAACCCUAACCCCAACCCCAGCAGCGGCAGUGAUCAAUGGUUUCUACAUGGAUGAUGCUUUCAUCGCUGCUGCUCAAUCCUUUAAUGGAUUUGGCACCACCGGUGAUAUCAAUACUCGUAAGAGAGAACUCGCCGCUUUCUUAGCUCAAACCUCUCAUGAAACAUCAGGGAAAGGAACGAUCCUCCUGCCUAUUGCUCAUCCAGUGAAUGGCCAUGUCCUCCUGGCAAACAAUACUGUGGCCGAGGAUCCAUCCAACUCACACGCAACUACAACUAUGGUCAACCCAUCAAGCCACAAUCUAAUCAUCGGACAAUGGACACCGUCUGAUGCAGAUAUAUCAGCAGGUCGGAUCCCGGCCUAUGGUGUCUUCACCAACAUAAUCAACGGUGGGGUGGAAUGCGGCCAUGGCCAGGAUUAUGAGGUGGAUAAUAGGAUUGGUUACUAAAAGAGGUACUGUGUCAUUUUGGGUGUGAGUUAUGGAGACAACUUGGAUUGCAGUAAUCAGGGGCCCUUCGCCUAAGCUGCUGAAGUAAUUAAUUCGCAAAAGAAUAAAGAGAUCAAUAAUAUAGUCUCUAAUUCUAUGAUAGUAAAAUAUUUAACUUUAU